UUUCCCUCCUGUAGACAGCGAUGACGAGAUGAAGGAUUGGAUGACUGACUUCGUGCUUAAUUUCGUCCGUUGCGAUAACCCAACGUGUAGAGAUGAUGCUACAUCUCCAUGGCCGCCGACUGAAUACCCAGAGAUUCGUCUGCAAUCGAUAGCGAAGCCGAGGAUGUACAACAUGGUAGAACUGUCAGACGAAUUUAAAGAUAUGGUGAACUUCUUCGACAGCAUCGACUCCGAUAUCGCGCCUCUCUCCGAGCGUUUGAACAUCGGCCCGUUGGAAUAAAUAUUUCCAUAUUAUCAAUGUAUCACCGACUCACGAGAGAUGAAUCGUAGAACUAAGAAGAAGGAAUUCACAUUUUGAAUAUCAUAUUGUGUUCAGGAGUAACAUACUAAAGAAAAUAAAAGUAAAAUUCACUCGGCACUGCGCCCCGGCUCAUCAUACUGUCACAAGACAUUAUGUUUUAUAAUUGUAAAUUAUUAAACUGGCUAAAAUAAUAAAACUUUUUAUGUAAUUUUACAAAUUUUUGUUUUUCGUUCUCAUGUAAUUUGUCGUAAUCGUCAGAGUCCAUAGUUACGUAAUUAUAAUACUGCAUCG